AUGGCCGAUACAAACACAUCCUUUCGAGACAAAGCGCGAUUUUUCCGGCAGCUAGAAUCGCUGGGGAGACAAAAUGAUGACAUCGACAGCGACGAGUUUCAAGAUGCCGAGCUGCGUCACAGACAACAACUGAAGGCCUUUCAAGCUGCGGUGCAACCCCGUCAAACACUCCAAGAGAGGGCACAACAAGAGCCGCAGCUGCAGUCGCAGUCGUCGACUCCCCAACAGCUGAUUUCGGACCUCAGAGGGACGUCGUCGAUUCCAGUCCCAGUCCCGAGCUCAUUCACAGACCUUAGACAGAAGAAAGUCAUUGAACGGACCCCUCUUGCCGAGAUCAAGGGUCCCGGAAGGAAGGACGCUCCUGCUGCCGACAGCUUCAUUGAGGACACGCCCGUUCCAGAUUCUUCAAUCAGGCCACCGCUCCUGCCUAUUUCGACUCUUACUAAAAGAGUCACUACACCUCUUCCCGCCACCAAGCACAUACUGCCCCGCCUGGUUGACAAUUCCCCCUCUGUCGCCGCGAUGAAGAAGAGAAAGAGAGAUCCUCCCAUCAAAACUGUGCCUGAGGAGCAGCAGGUCUUUCGCGGGCUACGAUUUUACUUCAUUCCCAACGACGACAUUGCGCCGGCAAGGAAGGUUCGUAUCCGGAAGGCGCAAGAGUUCGGCGCGUCUUGGGUAAGAUCGUUGAAAACUGCAAGUCACGUCAUAGUUGACAGAAAUCUAAACUGGAAAAGCAUCGAGUCUAUUGUUCGCCCGACGAAUGGCGCAGCAUCUUAUCUGGUUCUCAACGAAGAGUAUCCUUUGGACUGCCUGAAGUUCAAAACUCUACUCAAUGCAAAUCAGAAGCAGUAUCGGGUUCCUGGGUCCCCAGAGCUAUCUGCUGCCCCAGCCGAACCCCAGAUCGGGUCCCAAGUUGGUCAACCAUUAGCACCAACCUCGCAAGAUUCGCCACUCGAGCCCCGUCAGGUAAAUCCGAAGCAACGAGACUACGUACAGCCAUCGACUCCACUCAGAAGCCUGAGAUCCUCUGGAAUGACAAAAGGAAAAGACGCGAAUGCCACAUCACCAUCGGCCCUUAGAGACAUCACAGAGAUUGUGCUGCCAUCAAGCAUUCCUGGAGGCAGUAGCCAAAGCAUCGAUGACGACGACGACGAUGAUGAUGAAAUGCCUGCGACCAUCGAGAAGCAGACACUUGGUCUCGAGGACGAACUCGAGGAUGUCAUUUCUCAGAUGCAAGAGUUUAGGGAUCUGCCUCUGGAACAUGAUGACGACGACAUGGCAGUCUCGAUGCAGUCACCGGACGAAGCUUUUGACGUUGAAGGCUCCGAAGAUGAGCGGCUGAGAAAGAAGAAAGUGGCCACCCGGAGUCGGGGCCGCAAAGACAUGGCGUGGGAAGACAAGUUCGCGUGCCACAGAGGGGGUACUAACGGAGGCGGCCAAACGAAUCCGAACGGCCGUACAAUUGAGAUUUUGCAGCAAAUGUGCAAUUACUAUGAGCGUGUCAACGAUACCUGGCGACCCAUUGCUUACAGAAAAGCCAUUACGCAACUAAAGCGACAACCAAGCAAGAUAUCUACAGCCGAAGAGGCGAUCCGGCUGCCUGGGGUGGGUCAACGAUUGGCUGACAAGAUUGAGGAAAUCGUCACGACGAACCGGCUUCAACGGCUGGAGAGUGCGGAGCAAGAGCCAAUGGACAAGGUUUUACAGAUGUUUCUCAACAUCUACGGCGUGGGCAGUGUACAAGCAAGCCAUUUCGUCUCGCAGGGGUUCCGGACGCUAGAGGACCUAAAGGAGAAAGCGAAGCUCACCCCGAACCAGCGAAUCGGCAUCGAUCACUAUGACGACCUAAACACGCGCAUCCCUCGCUCCGAGGUGAAGCUUCUAGGAGCAGUGGUCAGAUCCGAGGCUGCGAAGCUAGACCCAUCAGUUCAACUUAUCAUUGGAGGCAGUUAUCGCCGCGGCGCCUUGGACAGCGGCGAUGUUGAUUUCAUCAUCACCAAGAAGGGGGCAAGAGCAACAUCUGAUCUUACACCAUUCUUGCAUAAGCUGGUAAAGACGCUCGAGACUCAGAACUUCCUCGUCGCGAGGCUUGCUGGAUCCAGAGACGAGACCGAUGGCAGCAAGUGGCACGGAUGCUGCGUCUUGCCCAAGAUCAGGGGCGUCAACGACGAGAACUAUCGUCGUGUCUGGCGACGUGUGGACUUCCUCGUAGUCCCGGAGACCGAGAUUGGCGCAGCGCUGAUCUACUUCACGGGCAACGACAUCUUCAACCGGAGCAUCCGGCUGCUGGCAUCGAAGAAGGGGAUGCGGCUCAAUCAGAAGGGUCUUUACAAAGAUGUGAUGAGGGGCCCUGGGCGCGUGAAGCUGACUGAGGGCGAGUUGGUCGAGGGACAGGAUGAGAGAAGGAUCUUUGAGAUCUUGGGGGUCAAGUGGAGAGAGCCCCAUGAGAGGUGGUGUUAA